GACCGCCGGUGACACUUGGUUGAAGCGCCAACGAAAAAGACAUCUUCGACAAAUAAAACAACAACAACAACGACAAGAAAAAAUAAUUUACUUUUUAAUGAUUGCCACAUAAAUUAUAAGCUGGUUCAUCAACAACAACAUCAGCAGCGGUAGCAAUAAUAUUAUAAGGGCGCUUCUGGCCGAGUGUAUGAGUGUGCGAUCGUUGUGAUUUUUAGUCAUUUGUCGUGUGUGUGUGUGAGUGCGAAACCCCAAAUCUACCUCAAAAAUGACCUGGCAACACAUCUGCACAGGAAGCAGGUUGUUUUUAAUACUUUUAGUGGUUUCCUCGGUUGGCGUAAUGGAGACGAAAGCAAAAACCGGACCCGUACAUGGCAAGGUUGUGGUGUGCUACAUAUCAACAUGGGCUGUUUAUCGACCGGGACAUGGUGCCUAUUCCAUAGAUAACUUUGAUCCCAGCCUUUGCACACAUGUGGUUUAUGCCUUUGCUGGCUUGGAUCCCGAGUUGUCGGCCAUUAAAUCUUUGGAUCCCUGGCAGGAUUUAAAGGAAGAUUAUGGCAAAGGUGGCUAUGAACGUUUGACGGGCCUGAAACGUACCCAUCCCCACUUAAAAGUCUCACUGGCCAUUGGUGGUUGGAAUGAGGGUUCCAAAAACUACUCGCGCAUGGUUGCCGAUCCAAUGGCCCGUGGAAAAUUCGUCAAACAGGUUACCUCGUUUAUAAGACGUUACAAUUUCGAUGGCCUCGAUUUGGAUUGGGAAUAUCCCACACAGCGUGAUGGCAAUCCAGCUGAUCGGGAAAAUUUUGUUCUACUCUGCAAGGAAUUGAGAGAACAAUUCCAACCGCACAAUCUGUUGUUGACCUCGGCCAUUGGAGCGGCCAAAAAUGUGAUCGAUCAGGCCUAUGAUGUUAGACAGAUUUCACGUUAUUUGGACUUUCUGCAUAUCAUGUGUUACGAUUAUCAUGGCAGUUGGGAUCGUAAGGUUGGCUACAACUCACCGUUGACAGCACCGCAAGGGGAUGCCUUGAGUGUGCAAUACACCAUCGAUUACCUCCUGAAACUGGGUGCUCCAGCGGAAAAAAUUGUAAUGGGCGUACCAUUCUAUGGUCGGACCUUCAAGACACCCUAUGAUGGCAAUAUUGGUGACGAUACCGAUGGCACAGCCUUCCAAGGACCCUAUACCCGGGAGGAUGGUUUCCUGGGUUACAACGAAAUCUGUCAAAUUUUGAAAAAUAAAACUUCCGGUUGGACAACGAUGUGGGAUCCCGAAACAUCGCAGGUUGUGGCCCGUUCCGAAAAGGAUGUCUUCAACGGCCUCGUCCAAGUGGUGACUUUUGACAAUUCCCGUUCCAUAGCCAAUAAGGUGAAAUUUGCCAUGGAUCGCAAUUUGGCCGGCAUAAUGGUUUGGUCCAUUGACACCGAUGAUUUCCUGGGUGAAUGUGAAAUCGAAGAAGAUGUCUAUGAGGACUUUAGGCAUUUGAAACAUUCCGGUCUACGGCUGCCCACCAGACUGCACAACAACUAUCCUUUGCUGAGAACCAUCAACGAAGCCAUGCCCCUGGCCAUUGAGGAAAUCAAAAAUAAACAUCAUCACCAUCAUGAUGAGGAUCAUGACAUGCAUGGACAUGGUGAUCAUGGCCAUCGCAAUUAUGACGACGACGACGAUUCAGUGGAGGACAAUGAAAUUCCACAUGGCAGUGUCGAAGAUCGCAAGGGAGAGAGCAAUUCGGCUUUGCGAAAAUUACAAAAUCCCUUCUUUGUUGCCGUGGUCUGGUGUCUGUUAUCUUUAGUUUUUUAAUUGAUAUUUGUUUUAAGUUACCUUCUCCGAAAGAAAGCAAAGCAAAUUCGUUUGGAAUAUAUCAAAAUUGAAGUACGCAUUAAUAAAGAGUUCAGUCACGUUUAGGGGGCUCUUUAUUUGAUUUGAAUUUUCAGGAAAAUUUUGUAUGAAGAAAGCUUAAGCAACUUAGUUUUAAAAAAAAUAUUAGAUUGUAAAAAAACACAUUGGCCUUAAUUAAAAAUUUAAAUAAAAAUAGAUUUAAAAACAA